UGACGUACUCGAUUUUCGGUUUUGUUUGCUACAAUCCAUAACGCAAAGGAACAAAAGACGUCGGUCCAGAGAGUAAUUAAAUUGCAAACCUGGCGUUUUUUAAGGUUUGUAUCUGCUGGAGGUAACAUGGAAGGACAGAAAUACAAGAUGGAGGUUGAGGACGGCCCAGAUGCAGAUCAGAAGGUGGAAUUAAAGGAACAACGUCCCAAAAUCUCCAAAAAAUGGAAAAUCAUCAUAGCAGUAGCGAUUAUCGUUGUGAUUGUGAUAAUUCUCGCUAUUGUUCUUGCCUUGGUGCUGAGAAAAAAAGAAGGAGAACAAGAAAAACAAGGAAAACAAGAAAAAACUGUGCCGGGGCCUACUGAGUUCAUAGUGCCGCCGCUACCUACUGGAGCUCCCGCAGGGGCCGAUGGACCUUACACUCACGGAGUAGUAGCAGCGGACGCCGCCCCUUGUUCAAUAGUGGGACGAGAUAUCCUCAAGAAGAAUGGGUCAGCGGUGGACUCUGCCAUUGCUGCCCUAUUUUGUAUAGGUAUCAUCAAUAUGCACUCGGCCGGCAUCGGUGGCGGUGGUUUCAUGACCGUGUAUAAUAGGAGUCUAGGACUGGCCAAAGUGUACGAUUUCAGAGAAGUUGCUCCUGGGAAUGCAAGCGCUAAUAUGUAUGUCAACAGCAGCCUCAACUCCAAAUUAGGAGCUUCAGCCACAGGUGUGCCAGGUGAGGUCAGCGGAUACCUUGCAGCAUGGAAGGCACACGGAAGGCUUCCUUGGAAGGAUGUAGUCCAACCGGCUAUUGAUUUAGCCAAGAAUGGAUUUCGAUUUGGACAUGCUGCACAUUAUGCGGCAAGCCGUAAUUCCACGUUGGCAGCGAUCAAGAAAGAUCCUGGAUUGAGUGAAUUACUGUUGGACAGUAAAGGAAACUUGAAGGAAUUAGGAGCCGUUUUGGAAAUGCCAAAGCUCGGUAGAACUUUGGAGCGAAUUCGCGAUGAUCCAAGUAGUUUCUACACCGGCGAACUGGCUCAGGACAUAGUAAAAGACAUUCGCGAUGGUGGGGGCAUCAUUACGUUGGAGGAUUUGAAAAACUACCGAACGGUAGUUCGUACGCCACUUACAGUAAAGAUGGAUGAUUACACUUUAUAUACGAACCCACCUCCGGGUAGUGGCGCCGUCUUGUCGUUAAUCAUGAACAUUGUGAAAGGUUACAAUAUGACUGCUGCAGACCGUAAAGAUAUAAACAGCACAGUGCUAACUUAUCACAGGAUAGUGGAAGCUUUCAAGUUUGCCUACGCUUACAGGGCAUUGCUGGGAGACGAAGACUUCUGGGACGUGGUGAUGAACUACUUCUGGUUCAAUCAAACGUUAACAAAAGCUGUAGAAGAACCCAGGUUCCAUCAUCAACUACUACCAAACUUCCUUCGCAUCGAAAGAGUCCGCCCCAUUUCCCUUGCAGUUCAAGAGGGACUGAAAAAGCUUGGACACAACAUUACAGAAUUCUCCUCUGCAGUGGUACAGGCGGCGGCCACAAGCCCUGAUGGUAAACUUUACGGAAAGGCGGAUCCCAGAAAGGGCUCCUGGGCCGCAGGAUUUUGAAGAUGAUUUAAAAGAGAGCUGAUAAUGUAGUUAGAAACAUAUCUGAGCAUAUUUGUUGUUAUCUGCUGCUUAGCACUCCGGCGAAGCUUUUUUGCAGAGGGGAAAAGACCCAUUAACCACGAAAAUUUUUGUAACUUUUGUGUAGUUUCCUUUUGUAAUUUGAUGAGCGAUGUCUUAAAACAAUAGAAGACACUUUCUCUUUGCCACUAAGCUUUUCGUUAAGAUAUUUAUUGUCCUACUUGGUUAUCAAUACAGAUGUAUAAAGUGGAAAGAAAACAGGUUGAAGCUGUUGACUGCGAUAUGUCAACUGCUAUACGGUUACUCUUUGUCAGACAACGAGAUUGCGGGCUAGUGGCGCUGAAUCGAGACGUCAUCGCACUAGUUUUGCCUUGUGUUAAAUUCGCUUUAAACCUUUCACUCCCAGAUGGCAUGAGUAAUUCAUCUCACUAUCCACCAUACAAUUCUUUUAAUGUUAGUUCGCAGAAUUUGGUAUUUGAUCAACUAAUCAUCCUCUAAUCCCCCUGGCGUUUUUCAUUAUUCUCAUCACUUUUCUGCUUGAUAUUGUAUUGAUAUUGUAAGGAGAAAUUCUCUCUUGGUCAAUCAUGGGAGUUUAAUUAAAGGGUUAAAUCGGAGUCUACAAAAGGGGAUAAGUUUCUAAAGAAACUGUGGUGCUGCGUCGGUGGGAGAGUAUAACAGGGUAAUUAUGUAUUAUCAACUCAGUUAAUAACGUAAAUUGGCCACCGUAAAGAUAUUAUUUUAGCUCAUACCGACAACCGACAUGACCUCUAACGUACUCAACUUCGUCAUCGAAAAAGCCUUACAAUUUACUUGCCUAGUAUCAAGUAUCAACGGGUGCGAGGUUCUGCUAUUACUCGAAUUGCAAUAUUUGAAUAAUUUAGGGUCACAAAAGGGCGGAAAACUUUUCUUUGUAGUUGAGCAAUUUCGUUUAAAUAAAGAACUUAAAAACUAAGAAACGAAUGCAAUAGACUCUAGGCCAUUAAAAAUAGAAAACUUAAGUCAAAUUUCACAGCUCUGAUAUUAAAAACACCUAUUUUAAUUGCGGUAGAGCAGCUUAGGAAAUAAAAGUGAGACGUAGUAAUAA